AUGUCCAGAAGGAAGACGAUGAGAAACAUGGUCUCGGCGACAGAGGAAGCGUGCAGGAGGAGCUUCUCACCAAACGUUGUUCGCCAGCCCUUGCUUCCCCAAACGGAGGGCUUGAUCGCGCUUCAACAUCAGCGCCGUCGAAACUGUAGGAAGCUGCCACCGCCGAGAAGCAUCAGGAAAGGGUGGGCUCUGCUACUUGACUUGCUAUGA